AUGCGUGGGACCCUGCUCGCAAUUGGGUUCUUGGCCGUUGCUACAGCGACAAAGAACCCGAACUGCACUGAUGGCCUUUACAUGAUUGUGGCCAGAGGCACUGGAGAACCAGCAGCUGCCAGUAAGGAUGGGCUUUACCCCGAGAACUCCGGGAGCCCUGGGUAUCUGGCGCAGCUCAUUGCAGCACAAAUAAAGGACUCUAGUAUCAUGGGCGUGGAAUACGCUGCAACGCUGAAUGACUAUGUGCAGUCAGAGAAUGACGGGGCAAAUGUGAUGCUGCAGCUGGCAAAUGAGUACCACUCGUCCUGCCCGGGUUCAAAAAUGGCCCUCUUGGGUUACUCGCAGGGCGCUCAAUUAGUCUCUGAUGUCCUUUGUGGUGGCGCUGGUGGCGAUUUCAACCAUAAUGCACCGCUAUCGCCAGAUGUCGUUAAAAACAGUGGUCAGUGCCUCUUGUUCUUUCGAGAAUCUGCUCAAGCUGACCUAGAUUUAGUUAUUGCCGCCGUCCUGUUUGGCGACCCAACGCACAUUGCCAACACAACCUAUGAUCGCGGCACAAGUGUUCACAACGGAAUCUUCUCGCGAACGAAUAACACCGUGUGCAAGAAAUACACCGACCGCAUGACAUCAUGGUGUGACAAGGGUGACAGAUUUUGCGACGCAGGCCAUGUUGAUGCGGUUCACGGUCUCUACCUUCAAAGAUACAACAGCACCAUGGUUCAAUAUGUGGUUGAGAGAUGGCAAAAUUUGACAGCUUUCUCUGCUACUGCCACGGUAACAUCCACAAGUUCAAGGUCAAGCGGUGGGUCGACCAGCACGAAGACAGCGUCACCCACAAACUCAGAGUCCAGUCGUCCUUCCACUGGCAUAGCGUCUGGACUUACUCUACCGGGAUGGCCUCUGGUUUUGCUCUCCUGUGGUAUUUUUUUUAUUUGA